AUGGACAUGGGGCUGGGCUUUGCAGGAGGUUCUACAUGGUCACCACAGCUUAGCAGUUAUGAUCAACAUCUUACUGUGGAACUGACGGACAGAUAUGAAAUACGCAGCAUAGCUACACGAGGUCGUGCUCAUACUAAUGAAUAUGUGACAGAGUAUAUUGUCCAAUACUCUGAUGAUGGGCAAGCCUGGGCCAGUUAUGAAAGUCAAGAUGGUAAUAUAGAUGGUGAUACUAUAAAACUUAAUAAAUUCGAAGUACCAAUUAUUGCACAAUGGAUAAGAAUAAAUCCAACCCGAUGGCGAGAUAGAAUAUCAUUAAGACUAGAAUUAUAUGGAUGUGGUUACGUGUCCGAUGUUCUUUCCUUCAAUAGUUCAUCUCUUUUACGGUAUGAUUUAUUACGGGAACCAAUUGAAACUGAUAGACAUUUUAUACGUUUUCGAUUUAAAACCAAUAAUGCCGAUGGUGUUUUAAUGUAUUCUCGCGGAACACAAGGGGAUUACAUAGCUUUACAAUUAAAAGACAAUAGAAUGAUAUUAAAUAUAGACUUAGGAUCUGGUAUCAUGACCAGUUUAUCUGUCGGUAGCCUUUUGGAUGACAAUAUGUGGCAUGAUGUUCUAAUAUCGCGUAACAGGAAAAAUAUUUCAUUCUCUGUAGAUAGAGUAUUAAUUAAGGGAAGAAUAAAAGGAGAGUUUCAUAGACUGGAUUUAAAUAGAGCACUUUACAUAGGUGGUGUACCUAACAAACAAGACGGAUUGGUAGUCAAUCAGAAUUUUACAGGAUGUAUAGAAAAUUUUUACUUAAAUGCAACUAGCAUUAUUCACGAUUUAAAAGAAACGGAAAUUACCGGCGAAAAUCUGAGAUAUUACAAAGUGAAUACGCUUUAUAGCUGUCCAGAACCACCUAUAAUUCCUGUCACAUUUUUAACUCAUGGCUCAUAUGCCAGACUUAAAGGAUACGAAGGAAUAUCUUCUUUGAACGCUUCUCUCACUUUCAGAACGUACGAAGAUAAAGGAAUUAUUUUGUAUCAUCAAUUCACUUCACCUGGUUAUGUAAAGCUAUUUUUGGAAGAUGGUAAAUUGAAAGUUGACAUUCAAACUAAAGGAAGCCCUCAAGUAACUUUAGACAAUUUCGAUGAAAAGUUCAACGAUGGCAAAUGGCACCAAGUUAUAUUAACGAUUUCGAAGAACAGCCUUGUCUUAAACGUCGACGGAACACCAAUGAGGACCAGACGUAUAUUAAAUAUGAUCACAGGACCUAUUUAUAUGAUUGGUGGCGUGAAGGGCAGAGAGAGCAACCGUGGUUUCGUUGGUUGUAUGCGAAUGAUUAGUAUCGACGGCAAUUAUAAGUUACCAACCGACUGGAAAGAAGAAGAAUACUGUUGCAAGGAUGAAAUUGUAUUCGAUGCAUGUCAGAUGAUGGAUCGUUGCAAUCCAAAUCCAUGCAAACAUUCUGGCGUGUGUCGUCAAAAUUCUGAUGAAUUCUUCUGUGAUUGUGCCAACACAGGAUAUACAGGAGCAGUUUGUCACACUUCUUUAAAUCCCCUUUCGUGCGAGGCGUAUAAAAACAUAAACUCGGUUAAUCAACGAGCUGAUAUCAAAAUAGAUGUCGAUGGAAGCGGUCCUUUGAAACCAUUCCCAGUAGUCUGCGAAUUCUAUACGGAUGGGCGCGUGAAAACGAUUUUGCGACAUAACAACGAACGCAUAACACCUGUGGACGGUUUCCAAGAACCGGGUAGCUUUGUACAGGAUAUUAUUUACGAUGCGGACAUGGACCAAAUCGAAGCUCUUCUUAAUCGAUCCACGAAUUGUAGGCAGAGGAUUAGUUACGAAUGUAGACUUUCCAAAUUGUUCAAUUCUCCAGUACCGCAAGGAGAUUAUUUUAGACCAAACUCGUGGUGGGUCAGUAGAAACAAUCAGAAAAUGGACUAUUGGGGAGGAGCAUUGCCGGGUUCACGUAAAUGUGAAUGUGGUAUACUUGGAAAUUGUGCGGAUCCUACCAAAUGGUGCAAUUGUGACGCCGAUUUGGACACUCUCUUAGAAGACAGUGGUGAUAUUACUGAGAAAGAGCAUCUUCCAGUUAAACAGUUACGAUUUGGUGAUACUGGUACACCAGUAGACGAUAAAAUAGGUCGUUAUACUCUUGGACCACUUAUUUGCGAAGGAGAUGAUUUAUUCAAGAACGUAGUAACAUUCCGCAUUGUUGAUGCUACCAUCAACCUACCAACCUUUGAUAUCGGUCACAGCGGUGAUAUCUAUUUCGAGUUUAAAACGACUAUUGAGAACGCUGUUAUAAUUCACAGCAAGGGACCUACGGAUUAUAUAAAGAUUUCUAUAAAUGGUGGAAAUCAGAUUCAAUUCCAGUAUUUAGCAGGUGGUGGCCCACUAACGGUUAGUGUACAAACCUCGUACAAAUUAGCUGAUAAUCGAUGGCAUUCCGUAUCGGUUGAAAGAAAUCGUAAGGAAGCUAGAAUCGUAGUUGACGGAGCAUUAAAGAACGAAGUAAGGGAACCUCCAGGACCAGUGCGAGCGCUUCAUCUCACAUCAGACUUUGUGGUUGGUGCUACAACAGAUUACAGAGAUGGUUAUGUUGGUUGUAUCAGAGCUCUCCUUUUGAAUGGUCAACUGCAAGAUCUGAGAAGUUAUGCUCGUCAAAAUUUGUAUGGAAUUUCCGAAGGUUGCAUGGGUAAAUGUGAGAGCAAUCCUUGCCUUAAUAAUGGCACUUGCCACGAAAGAUACGACGGAUAUUCUUGCGACUGUCGAUGGACUGCGUUCAAAGGUCCAAUUUGUGCAGAUGAAAUUGGUGUAAAUAUGCGUCCAAGUUCAAUGAUAAAGUACGACUUCAUGGGUUCAUGGCGUUCGACGAUCUCCGAAAAAAUUAGAGUUGGUUUCACAACGACGAAUCCUAAAGGAUUUCUGCUCGGCCUGUUUUCGAACAUCUCUGGAGAAUAUAUGACGAUCAUGGUAUCGAAUAGCGGUCAUUUGCGCGUCGUUUUCGAUUUUGGUUUCGAACGACAAGAAGUUAUUUUCCCUAACAAGCACUUCGGUUUGGGACAAUACCAUGAUGUUAGAGUAGGCAGAAAGGAUUCAGGAGCAACACUUAUCUUACAAGUCGAUAAUUACGAGCCGAAAGAAUUCCCCUUCAACAUUAAAACCUCAGCUGAUGCACAAUUUAAUAACAUACAAUAUAUGUAUAUUGGAAGAAACGAGUCUAUGACGGAAGGCUUUGCUGGUUGCAUAUCUAGAGUAGAAUUCGACGAUAUUUAUCCUUUAAAGUUAUUAUUCCAAGAGGAUGGACCUGGAAAUGUUCGUUCUUUAGGCACUCCUCUCACGGAAGAUUUCUGUGGUGUGGAACCAAUCACUCAUCCACCUGAUGUUGUAGAAACUCGUCCACCACCGCAAGUAGACGAAGAAAAAGUUCGAGCUGCUUACAACGAAACUGAUACCGCGAUUUUAGGAAGCGUGUUGGCUGUCAUUAUUAUAGCGUUAAUUAUAAUGAUGGUACUUAUAGGACGAUAUAUGUCGAGACAUAAAGGGGAAUAUUUAACCCAGGAGGAUAAAGGUGCUGAAAUAGCACUAGACCCAGACUCAGCGGUGGUUCAUUCUACCACUGGCCAUCAAGUUCAAAAGAAGAAAGAAUGGUUUAUUUAAGUACGAAUUUAGAUAUUUCGCUAUGUCAACGCUAGAAUAUAUAUAGGUAAAAUUAUGCUUAUAAGUGCACUUUGAAGUGUCAUAAAAAAAGAAAUAAAAGAUUUUAUAGGAAGGAUAAAAAGAAACAUAAUUCUACUAUUGCUGUAUAAAAUGGAGACUGGUAAACUUAACUGAACAAAUUUAUUGAAUCUCUCAAAACGAAAAUACCAGACUGGUAAAAAUCAUUGUAACUUUUCUUAAAUGAUAAUUGAAUAUUAAAUGUCUUCAUUUUGUUCAUUUUAAUACAAAACAUUGUUGCGAAAAUAAUAUAAAAGAUAUAAUGUAUGAUUGUAAGUUCAAAUAUUACGUUAAAGAGAUGUAAGCAUAUAGAAAUAUUUUAUUUUUAUUUUUUAAAACAAAAAUUCUCAUUAUAUUUGUAUUAGGUGUAUCUUCGACAUUUCUUUUUAAUACUUAGUAAUGUGAAUCGUAUUGCUAGUAAUAAGGGAUAGUAAAACUGCAGACUGUUAUUACUUUAGACUAUGAGGUGCAUAAAUAUUUAUUAUGUACAAUGAAAUUUAGAUUGAACAUCACGGCAGAAUAUUACUAUGUAUGUGUGUGUGUGUGUAUA